UAGAAAACCAUGAAAUAUAAGAGAUUAUACGACCAAAUCUAUUGAUGUAUUUUAGCUUCAGUGCAUAUUUCUUAAGUUUUUGGACGUGAGAGACUCUUUGAUUUCCUUGGCAAACCCCUCCACGGCCGAGCAGCGAUGCGGGGACUGUGGCUCUCUCUUCUGUCCGGCCUCUGCCUUUGCCUGGCUCUCCCCUGCAGCGCCGAGGAAGGUCUCGAGUUCCCCAACUUCGAUGGGAAGGACAGGGUUCUGGACGUCAACGAGCGCAACUUCAAGAAGGCUCUGAAGAGAUAUGACCUGCUGUGCCUGUUCUACCACGAACCUCUGCCGGCCAACAAAGGCCUGCAGAAGCGCUUCCAGAUGACGGAGCUGGUGCUGGAGCUUACGGCUCAAGUCCUGGAGAACAAGGACAUUGGAUUUGGGAUGGUGGACGCCCAGAAGGAUGCCAAAGUAGCUAAGAAACUGGGCCUGGAGGAGGUGGGCAGCGUGUACGUGUUCAAGGGCGACCGCGUGAUCGAGUUUGAUGGGGAGCUGUCAGCGGACACGCUGGUGGAGUUUCUGCUGGAUGUGCUGGAGGACCCAGUGGAGAUAAUCAAUAGCGCCAUGGAGCUGCGAGCCUUCGAGAGAAUGGAGGAAGACAUCCGUCUCAUCGGUUACUUUAAAGGAGAGGAUUCAUACUACAAAGCUUUUCAGGAGGCAUCAGAGAGGUUUCAGCCUUACAUCAAGUUUUUUGCUACAUUCGACAAAUCUGUAGCCAAACAUAUGUCCCUGAAGAUGAACGAGGUGAACUUCUACGAGCCCUUCAUGGAGGAGCCGGCCAUCCUGCCGGGCCGACCCUUGACAGAGAUGGACAUCGUUGACUUUGUCAACCAACACAGAAGGGCCACCUUGAGGAAACUGCGGGCAGAGAACAUGUUUGAGACAUGGGAGGAUGAUAUGGAUGGAAUACAUAUUGUUGCUUUUGCUGAAGAAGAGGAUCCAGAUGGCUAUGAGUUCCUGGAGAUCCUGAAGGAUGUGGCCAGAGACAACACCAACAAUCCAGAGCUCAGCAUCGUGUGGAUCGAUCCGGAUGACUUCCCCCUGCUGACCACCUACUGGGAAAAAACCUUCAAGCUGGACCUGUUUACUCCUCAGAUCGGCGUGGUGAACGUCACGGACGCCGACAGCGUUUGGAUGGACAUGUCCAACGACGAGGACCUCCCCACCGCCGAGGAGCUGGAGGACUGGAUCGAGGAUGUGCUGUCUGGAAGGGUGAACACCGAGGACGACGACGAGUUUGCUGACGACGGCGACGGAGACCACUACAUGACGGAGGACGGAGACGAGAGCCACGACUUGGAGGAAGAAGACGACAACGAAGAUUAAACUGUCAGGAGUUGGUGCUCAGACGUGAACAGCUGGAAAUAGUCAGAGCACUUUAUUAGCCUUUUAAAAACACCAGACUUAAGAAUGAAACUUAGUGUCUUUAAAAAUGUAUUAAGCGUAGACGAUAGUUGAAAUACAUAGACGUUAGUAUGUGUCAUCUACGGAAGAGUAUUAGGGCCAGGC